AUGAAGUGGAAACAUUUGUCCCUUGUCGCACUCACGCAGCAGCUGGUGCUGCCAGUGUCGGGAUAUGGCACGACCAUUUCAAUUGCUGUCAGCUAUUGCCCUGCCACCUACUCCAGCUCGAGUACCACUACCAGCGCAUCAUCUGCACCUAGUUCUGGAUCUCCCACUCCUUAUUUUCUGUUCCUGGCCAACAGUCUAGGUGGGCAGCCUGAAUAUGUCGCGCCUGAUGGAACCAUAUCAACGGACCCGCGACUAGCGGUACCCUUUACAAUCACACCUUCAGGUCAAUUAAUAAGUGGAAACGGCUAUGUUUCCACGAGUGGAGAGGUUCCUUCGCAGAGAUUUGAGGUCUCUCCUGUCCUCGCGGAACUCGCGACUGUGUUCUCCAUUUCAACAAACAACACGUUGGUCUGGAUGAACGAUGCAUUUGCCGGGCGGCAGGCUAUUUUCUGCGCCUUCGGUUCGGUGGUCCAAGUCAUCUUCAACGGAAUAGCGCCUGCAGGGUGCACGGUAACACAGGUCAAUGUUGUUCCAUCAGCGGCUGUUACGCCUUCUUCGAUGUCUUCCAUGAGUAUGACCCGGUCGUCAAGUUUGGAUGUCGGUACUGGCUCUGGUCAGAUGCCAACGACGACGAGCACAGUUUUGGCCACAAGCAUGACUUCGGUAUCAAACUCGCUUGCAGCUUCCACCUCUGUAUCCUCGAACAGCAUGACAGGAACGAGUUCCUUUGCUCACUCUUCCACUACGAGGGCCUCGAUGUAUUCUUCUCAGGGCCAGCAGGUACCUUCAUCCACGCCAACGACCACUACAGCACUUUCCUUCCCGACCACUACUGGGGUGCCAAAUUGCUUUGAUCGUUCGCCAUUCGACGGCACUAUCAAUGACAACUACCUGGUACUCUGCGAUACGGAGCUUCCGGGCUAUGAUCUUGAAGCUGUACCGGCAAACGACAUUGCAGACUGCAUUGACGCAUGCAACGCUUACGGACCAGGAUCUGAGGGACCAUGCAUUGCCGUUGAGUUUGACAUCCUUGCGAGUGCAAAUCCAUGUCACCUCAAAUUCGACAUCAAUGUCGUCAAUAGAGGGGCAAAUGCCUUUGCACAAGCCGCAAUCGUGGUAAAUCAGCCAUAUGCCCCUCAUAUUGAGUUUGCAGACAGCGGAAGCAGCCCUUCAGACACGAGUAUUACUGGGGCAUCGUCAAUCAUGGGAACAUCUACCACAACUUCUACGGUAGCAACUUCCUCGACUGUUAUUGUGUCGUCUUCAACCCCCUCUUCGCUCACGACAUCUUCCGCCACUAAUGGAAACCAUCCGACAAGCAUCCAGACGACCACCCAGCAAACAUCGAGUUCGCUCAGCGGCGGAAGCUCGCCAAGUAUUACCACAGCUUCCUCGGCGGCUACAACAUCCACUGUGGACCCGCAGCAGUCUAGCUCUGCCACAAGCUCCAGUCUGGGCACCUCUCCUUUGACGUCUUCUACCACAGUGCUACCGACUACAAGUUCCACGGUGAACCCAUCUUCGGGUCUGCAAUCGACAACAUCAAGCCGUACCACAACUACGUCGACUACGACAUCAACGUCAAGAUUAAGCACUUCGCAGACAACACCGUAUACCCCAACUUCGGUGAGCAGCACAACGUCGACGUCAACGUCCCCAACCUCAGUUUCGUAUUGCUCUUCGACCCCGACGACGACUGCCCUUUGCCCUUCGUACAAUCAUCAAGCAUUGAACGUCAACAGCGACGGUGUCUGCUAUGAGGUCGAAUGCUCCACAACACUGCAGGGGAGCAUUCUCUCGGGCAACUCCACCACCGCUUCAACUCUCAAGGCAUGUAUCGGGUUCUGUACUUUGUACAACGUGGCAUUGCCAUAUGGGUGUGUCGGAGUCAAUUACCUAGGCACGUCGAGCGGAAGCCUCCCAAAUUGCAUCUUGUUGUCCAGCAUUACAGGCACAUCCUAUAGCCCAGGGAUCGACAGUGGCCGCCUGCUAUACGCAGGAUACCCAUCAAUCGCAGAUCCUGUGUUCAGUUCUAUGGAGACCACCACCAGCCAGACGGUACAGACGGCAACAACAACGACAGGAUCUCGCGUGACGAGCAGUACUAGCACAACCUCAUAUUCGCCGUUAAGUUGUGCUCCUGCCCCAUCAGCAUCCGCAUGUCCUGGGACAUCUCCCACCUGCUACGACUACAACAUCUACGGCUCAAAUGUCAACUAUGAGGUCGAAUGUGGCACCAGCUUCACUGGAUCCUCCAUUCAACCUCUCCUGGCGUUUUCGCUGGAAGAUUGUAUCAUGUGGUGCCAGUACCAGAAUCUGCUUCAACCCAACAGCUGCAUUGGCCUGACCUUCCAAGAAGGAUCCGUUGGCCAAGGCACAUCGAACAAUUGUUACCGAUACUCGAGCUUGACGUGUGCCACUCGAGGGAACAGCACUUUUGAUAGUGCUCGGAUGCUUUACAGUGGCUACCCACGAAUGACGGACUAUUCAGAUCCCAAUUUCGUCUGUGGCGCUGCGGCGUCGAGCACAAGCACAACUACAAGGACUGUCACAAGCACGACGACCAUCGCCCCGGCCUCCUCUUCGACAAGUGCAUCUACGGCGGGUACUAGUAGCCGAGCAUCUACCACCACCAGUGCGGCAUCGACAACAAGUGACCUGUCCCAAGCCUCUUCGACACUGUUUCCACGAGCAUAUCCCCAAGACCCGGUGUGUAACAACAACCUGAUAUCCAAGUAUGAAGGGGGACAAGCUCUAGUCAACCCAUCCCAAGGGCGGUACUAUGACAUUGAAUGUGCGGCCGACUACACCAACCCCGGCAACAACCCCUUCGGCGCAACCACACAAGCGACAUACAACGGGUGCGCGAACCAAUGCGACGUGGCUGCAGCAGGAGGAACAUUCUGCGCCGCCUUCUCAUGGACAGCAAGCUCAGGCCUAUGCACGCUCUUCGGACGAGUCAGCAACGGGCAGGCGGGGACGACAAACAUGACCAACACGGCCGGGACACACUCAGGACGAUACCUGUACAACUCCGGCACAGGCCCCGAGCUACAACUAUACCUGUCAAAGCCGGUCCCGUUUCCGACCGGACAAAACGUCCAAGGGGCAACAGUGCCUGCGUUCCCCGGCGGCACCAACACAUACUACAACGGAUGGGCGCAGAACUCGCACACGACUCCCCUGGACCUAUCAGCCAGCUACGGAAUCAACUGGCGCAUCUUCGACCAGGUCCAACCGCAACGAUUUGUAUCGGCCAACUUCUGGUUCACCAACACACCAUUGACGCUCAACUCGCAAACCCAAAACACAUGGAGCGUCGGCGGACGUAACAACGACGCCGCGCCCAUUUCGUUCCCGGCCUCCAACUUGCCCGAAUAUACUCUCGCCCCAUUCUGGACGGUCGGGUAUAUCUUGGGUGCGGGCCAACAAGGGAUCUAUUACCAGGUCGACACCAUCGACGACGGCAGUAGCAGUGGCACUGGUGUUCCACGCUACGGUGUUUCCAUCGAAUGGUAUUUCAGCCAUUAUACCCAGGACAAUGCCAUCCAGCAUGCCAUCACGACCUACGAUACGGGCGUCCCGGGCGUCUGGACAACUUACUUUUUCGCCACGGGCUCUGCCUCCCAAGACAACGGCGGGCUUCGUCAGACUGUCGGUGGCCAGGGAAGCUCGUCCAGCAGCUCCCAGUUUUUCAAUUAUUGCCGCGGCCAGGCUGGCUGCGUUGGUGCCGGUGGGAAACUCGUCUUCGAUACGACUCUCUUCGAUGCCUCCCAGGUCGCCAAUUAUACGGCGGGUUAUUUCACCCCGGCUAAUGUCGCGCCUGGGUCGUGGUCGUGGUCGACUAUUCCGACUGGUACUUAG